AUGAAUCAAGACGAACAAACCUCAUCAAUAUCCAUUAUGAAUGAAGGAGCACAUUCGGAAAUGCCAUCGGAAAACAAUGAACCUAAUGCUAGUGGUGUAUUGAUAAAAAACAACAACGGACGGAAGAAUGCUUCAAACGUAGAACAACAAUGUUUGCAAUUUAUUGCAUAUCGAGAAAGUCUUUCAUUGUUAUGUAAUAGGACUUAUUUUCCAUUGUCCAUGAUGAGAAAACUGAGAGGUAAAGAGGAUGAUCAUUCCGAAUCUUUGACUAUUGAUUCUCUAAAGAAGGAUGAUACUAGUUCAAAAAAAGUUGUGAAUACCGUAAAAACAAAUAACAGCAAAAAUAAUUCGACUUCUAAAAAGACAAGCUCAAAGAAUGUGAAAGAUGGAAGCAAAAAAGCAGCUGUUUCGCUUGUAGCUAAAGGUUCCUCGUAUGAAACGGUAAAUUAUGUGAUCGAUGGACCUUGCAUAGUGACAUUGGAUAAUAAUAUAAAAAUAUUAUCGAGUACUUGGGUUGUAGAUGACCUGUCUCUCACUAACGAAAAAGAAGAAGCCAAGGACGAAAUGAAUUCAUCUGAAAGGCAUACCAACGAAAAGCAUCAAUUAAUUAAUUCUCAAUCGAAUGUAUUUAUUUGUGACAACGAGGAUUCAAGGGUGACCACACUACAAUUUGUGAAAGAAAAUUUAUCAAAAUCUAUUCAUCAAUGCUCUAGGUUUACUGUGCAAAACAUUGAAUUUUGUUCUUUUGAAAUUGAGAAUGCUACUGAAAUAACGUUACAACCAUUAACGAUGGAAAAGAAAAUCCAACAUUCCAAUUAUGAAAUUUCUGGGAUGAAAUUGUUACGAUUUCACUCUCUCUAUUUGAAAUUGAAUUGCAUAAUUUACUUUUCAGAAAACGAAAUUUAUAGAGUAACUUCUCUCAUUUCAAAAUCUCUAAAAACCAAAACAGCUAAAUCGAUCAAUAACGGAAUUUACAGAGUUGUUUCGGCCACAAAAAUUUCUUUAAUCUACGAUACCGAUUCUACUACAGGACAACAGUUAAGCGAAUCUAUGGAAAGUAAUGACACAGAUUCCACAUUACAAACAAUCGCUGAAACAGAUCAGCACUUUUAUUUCGAAUCAAAAUCAUGCAAGGAAUUGCUGUCACUUUUGAAGGUUGCCAAUUCAUUCUUUCACCACAUCAUGCACACAAGCUCAACGAGUUCUUCCGCACAAACUCUAUUUACAUUUUCCACUCCAUAUUCCAUUCUCAUUCAUGGUCCUCACAACAUUGGAAAAACAUCGACUGUGAAAAACAUUGCCAAAAAGUUGAAAUAUCCCUUAAUUUAUGUGAAUUGUAAUAGUUUGGGAGGAGGACUAUUUGGAAACGAGCAAGCCAUUUCCUCCUUAGCCAACCGCAUGCUAGAAACAGCGCAACGACGAUUGACAAGUACAAAAAACUCGAACGACCUGACCAUUAUUUUGUUUUUAGACGAUUUGGAUAAGAUUCAAGCAAGUUUAUUUUCAUCUCUCAUGUCCAUUCAGAACGAAAUGGAAAAAUCAGAACUCAUGAAAACAACCAUUCAUCAAAAGAAAUCUACUGCCGUCAUUCAUUUAAUCAUUAUUGGAUCUGCAUCUUCAGAUUGUGAAUUCAUGAAGAAAAUGGAAAUGAGAGGAAAAUUUCAACGAGAAGUGAAAUUUGAACUUCCUUCUCCCAAAGAACGAACUGAUUUUUGCAAAGUCAUGUAUGGCACGACUUUUACUCACUUGGAUUUUGAAAAAAUUGGCAUGUCCACAACAGGUUAUCAAUUUUAUGACCUCAUCAAAGUAUUCAGUUCACUCAAUGCCGACAUGAAAUUGUACAACAACAUUCAUCAUGAAAUUUCCACAGAAUACGUCUUGAAACGAAUCAUUGAACUCAAUUUAACACCUUCCAUUAAAAAAUUGGAACAUGUCGAUGAAGGUCAAGAAAAUUCUCACAAUGAAUUCAUUUCCCAAGUGCACAAUGAGGAAAAGGAAGGAUCAAUCAUGAACAGUAAUUCCAAUGAAAUUCUCAAUUUUGAUGAAAAGCAUUGGGAUAAAAUUGGAGGUCUUUCACAUUUGAAGCAAAAAUUGAGACAAGCUGCCGAAUGGCCAAUGAAAUAUCCAGAAAGUUUUAAGAGAUUGGGACUUCAACCACCGCUUGGAAUUUUACUCUAUGGACCUCCUGGAACUGGAAAGACCACUUUGAUUCGAACACUUGCUCUUUCCACUCAUUCCACAUUUUUAUACUGCAACGUGGCACAAGUCUAUUCUCCAUAUGUGGGUGAAGCUGAGAAAGCCAUUCGAGAUAUAAUGUCAAAAGCCAGAAUUAUGAAUCCUUCCAUUGUCUUUUUUGAUGAAAUUGAUGCCAUUGUUGGAAAACGAGAAUUUACCAUGGGAGGAGCAGAUUCUGUGAGUAGUCGAGUGUUGUCGACGCUCUUAAAUGAAAUGGAUGGCAUUGAGGGAACGAAAAAUUUACUAGUAGUGGCUGCUACGAAUCGACCAGAUAUGAUUGAUAGUGCAUUGAUGCGACCUGGAAGAUUGGAACACUUGUUGUAUGUACCUCCUCCAGAUGUGGAUGCUAAAAAAUCAAUUUUUGAGAUUCACAUGAAGAAUUUGGGUGAGAGAUUUUUAAAUGCUGAAGGUUGUGAAAUUUCAAGAGAGGAGAUGGUUCGCUUGUUAGUAGAGAAUGAGGAAAUUUCAGGAGAAAUGACAGGAGCAGAAAUUGAAGCAUUAUGUCGAGAAGCAUGUAUGUCUGCAUUGCGGGAAAUGGAAGCAUUGAAAGAGCUGAAAGAUUGUUCGAGUAAUCAAAUCUUAUUGUCAUGGAAGAAUUUCUGUGAAGCAAGGAAAAGAGUUCAGCCCUUCCUGUCAACCACUGAAGGAAAAAGAAUGCUUGACAACUACGCCAAGUUUGAAAGAAGUUUUGAAAAGAACAUGAAAUAA